AUGUUUUCCAUUCGGCCCAUCUUCCAGUUUCCCUUCUUCGCUGCUGCCAGUGUCAGCUCGCAUGGUAAUCCAAAGAUCCAAUGGGGUCCUUGCAACGCAACCGAAGUCAACAGCACUGCAUCCAUAGUGUGCGGUAACUUGAACGUCCUACUCGACUACACCGAGCCAAGUUCAAACGCAACACUAACGCUCCAGCUUGUCAGAGUUUCUGCUGAAUUGCAGCCAUCAAAGGGGAGCAUCCUGUUCAAUUUUGGUGGUCCGGGUGCAACGGGACGAGGGUCUUUGGGACUUCUCGGCCCAGCUUUAUCAGCAUUCACCGGUGGCUAUUAUGAUCUUAUUGCUUUUGAUCCACGUGUGGUUGAUAAUCCGCCGAAAUAUAGGGGAACUGGAAACACCAUCCCAUUUUCCUGCACUGAUAAUGAUGUCGACAAGAACAAUAUGUUAAACGAGCUGAAGUUUGGUAACUCUUCGGACGUUGCCUUGGGAAGACUUUGGACGCAGGGGGCAAUCAAUUCAGACCUUUGCUUCCAGAAGUCAAACGCAACCGGGAGCCUUAUUGGCACAGCUUUUGUUGCAAGGGAUUUGAUAAGUGUUGUUGACGCUCUUGAUGAAGAUGGGAUGCUCAGGUACUGGGGGCUCUCGUAUGGCACGACCCUGGGUGCAACUGUUGCUUCCAUGUUCCCCGAAAGGAUCGACAAGAUGAUUUUGGACGGUGUUCAGAAUCCACAUCAGUAUUACCAUUCUGCUGCUGAUUUCGAAGAGUGGUCCUCCUCAGACAAGGGAUUCUCAGGCAUCUUCUCUAGCUGCGUCGCAGCUCCUGAUCUGUGUCCCCUGGCUCGAGGAAAGGCAACCGCAGCUGAGCUCGAACAAGCUGUCUGGAACCUGAUCAAUACCGUCAAAUUUCACCCUACCCCUCUAGGAAGCUUCAUGCUCGACUAUAACGUUCUGAAAGGAAUCAUAGUACAGAGCAUGUACGGGACCUUCUACUGGCCGCUAUUAACCACCCUCCUAGAUAUGCUGAUCACUGGCAACACCAAGGAUGCACUGCCCGUCUUAAUCGAGCUUGCAGGUGGUACAAGCGUAACAGAAGAGUCAAAGCAAGUUCUUCUGGGCGUCAUGGGAAUUCAUUGCGCAGACAGGACAGUGCGUGUGUCAAAGUUCGAAGAUUUUCUCCCAGUGGUCGACCAGCUAUACAAGACGAGCAAGUUUUUCGGAGACGUCACAUCUGCGAUUAGCAUGAUUUGCGCGCAGUGGAAGAUGAGCGCCAAGGAGGUUUACAAGGGCGAUUUUCAAGCAAAAACGAAGAAGCCGGUUCUGUUCAUCGGCAAUACGGGCGAUGGCUUUACUCCCCUCGUCUCUGCCUACAAUGUUAGCUCUGGAUUCAAGGACAGCGUUGUGCUGGAGGUCAACGGCUACGGUCACAGCUCUCUUGCAGUACCUUCCACUUGUGUUUUCAACAUUAUUUCUACUUAUUGGUUGAAUGGGACCUUGCCGAAGCCGGGCACCGUCUGUCAGGCAGACAGACCACCGUUCUCGAAUACAAGUCUUGCUAAGCGGGAUAAGUUUGAGGACAUUUCGGACGGCUUGAGGAAGGUGUUUCGACGAACUUAGAGCUCAUAUUGUACAGUGAUUCUCUAGUACCUUGAUAGGCUCUUGGAUUUCUGUAUCCUAGUUUAGCCACCACUCAAUUAUAUAGUCCUCG